AGCACGUGAUCGCAAUGGCUGCUGCUGCUCGUGCUGCUGCGUUUGCCCCGCCGUCCUCGCGACUGCCGCAGUAGCUCGCGCUGCCUAACCGCCUCUCAGCCAGAGAGGAGAGGAGAGAGAGAGGAGAGAGAGAGGCAGCGCCCCGCUCCGCCGCCGCCAACCGACCAGAAACAACUUUCACCGGGCAGCAGGGCUGCGGAGGAAAACCGCAAGGAAAGUGGAGGAGGAGUCAACAGGUUCCAGGCCAGUCUAUUGGAGGGACACAGACACUCUUGGGUGGUUCAGAGGAGGAAUAAUGACCCAGAACUGUGAGCCUUGCACUGGCUGACAGGGGCAAGCCCGCUCCCAGCAUCAUCAGGAUUCUCACCCGGUCCGCAAGCCAAGUGCCCUGGGAGUUCGAGGACUCUAUUCCUGAGGCCCUCCUCCUCCUAUCUGCAGAGCGGAUUACAGUAACCUGGAGAGAGGCACAAGCAAGGGAGGCACCGCAUUCAGCACGCAAGAUAAAACUGUGAACUCGGGACAACUUGGAGCACAGCACAGGGCCUGUGGCACCAUGUGAGCGCGGAACAGACAGAGAGAGAUAACAAGGGAGCGGCAGAAAGAAAGAAGAGAGAGAGGGGGGAACUGGGGGAGUUUGAUGCUGGUUGGAUCUGCUGGCAAGUUUUUUGGGGAGUUUUCUUUUAUUCCUCCUAAGUUUUAGUUGGUUUUGUUGUUGUUAUUAUUAUUAUUAUUAUUAUUAUUAGUAGUAGUAGUAUUAUUAGUAUUAUUAUUAACAAACCUAGGAUUCACUCUAGAACUUCACCUGCAAUCGGACAGCCUCCUUCAGAAGAAGGAUUAUAAUUGGAGAAAAAUAUACCAUUUUUAAAUUUAUUUAUUUUAUUUUUUCUGUGCACUCCUCAUGUAGUCACGAAAGCUGGACCUCAUUUUAUUUUAAUUUUUAUUGUUGAAUUUAAUUUUUCUAAGGAUUUUUUUUUUCUCACCUGGGAGGCAGUGGAUUAAGUCUCGGGUUGUGUGGGAUUCUCUGCCAUGGCGAGUAACAGCAGUUCUUGCCCCACCGCACAAGGGGGCACUCACCUCAACAGCUAUCCCGUGCCGCACUACCCCUUCUUCUUCCCGCAUGUAAUCAGGGGUCUCUCCCCACCCGGCCUCAACGCACUCCAACACCAGCUACCAGUCAGCGGCUACAGCACUCCAUCUCCCGCAACGAUCGAGACGCAGAGCACCAGCUCGGAGGAGAUUGUGCCAAGCCCCCCCUCCCCGCCCCCGCCCCCCCGGAUCUACAAGCCGUGCUUCGUGUGUCAGGACAAGUCCUCAGGAUACCACUACGGGGUCAGCGCCUGCGAGGGCUGCAAGGGGUUUUUCCGGAGGAGCAUUCAGAAGAACAUGUUGUACACCUGCCAUCGAGAGAAGACCUGCAUCAUCAACAAGGUGACGCGAAACCGCUGCCAGUACUGCCGGCUGCAGAGGUGCCUGGAAGUCGGGAUGUCUAAAGAGUCGGUGAGGAACGACCGCAACAAGAAGAAGAAGGAGGAGAAGAAGCAGGAGUGCACAGAGAGCUACACGCUGAGCCCCGAGACCGAGCUCAUGAUCGAGAAGGUCCGCAAGGCCCACCAAGAAACCUUCCCAUCCCUCUCCAACCUGGGCAAAUACACUACAAAUAACAGCUCAGACGAGCGCGUGUCCCUCGAUGUUGACCUGUGGGAUAAGUUCAGUGAGCUUUCCACCAAAUGCAUCAUCAAAACCGUCGAAUUCGCCAAACAACUGCCAGGCUUCACCACGCUAACCAUCGCCGACCAAAUCACCCUUCUCAAAGCAGCCUGCCUCGACAUCCUGAUCUUGCGGAUCUGCACACGCUACACCCCCGAUCAGGACACCAUGACGUUCUCGGACGGGCUGACUCUGAACCGCACACAGAUGCACAAUGCCGGCUUUGGCCCGCUCACCGACCUCGUCUUCGCCUUCGCCAACCAGCUGCUGCCGCUCGAGAUGGACGACGCAGAGACAGGGCUGCUCAGCGCCAUCUGCCUGCUGUGUGGAGACCGGCAGGACCUGGAGCAGUCUGACAAGGUGGAUAUCCUGCAAGAGCCAUUGCUGGAGGCACUGAAGAUCUACGUGAGGAAGAGGCGGCCGCACAAGCCACACAUGUUUCCCAAGAUGCUGAUGAAGAUCACAGACCUGCGCAGCAUCAGCGCCAAGGGUGCAGAGCGUGUGAUCACUCUGAAGAUGGAGAUCCCGGGUUCGAUGCCCCCUCUUAUUCAGGAGAUGCUGGAGAAUUCGGAGGGCGUCGACCCACUGGGGAACCCCCAGACCAGAGGAAAGGGGGCCCCGUCAGGCAGCUGCAGCCCCAGCCUGUCCCCCAGCUCAGCCCAAAGCAGCCCCUCCACACACUCCCCCUAGCACCCCCACCCCCGAGACCAGCAACCCCUCACACCUCACCCAGGCACCCCUCCCUCCUCACAGACUCCACCCCAGUCACGGACUGCCACAAACACAGACUCGCUCGCACAGGACAGCAGGACAUUGGGCUGAGCUAGGGGUGCGAGGGUGACCUAGGCAAUACCACAGUGUUUGAAAACACAAAUCCUGCCAAGAGAAAAUGGAGAAAUAUUAUUAUUAUUAUUAUUUUUUUUAAAUAUACACUGCUGGAUUUGUAACUGUAUCAGAUUUGGAAAUUCUGGAUUCAAUUGUUCUUUUGAGGAGCGUGCAGAAAGAAAGAUGCACAGAUGCACAGAGGGACAGUCGGAAAUGCCUCUCUCGCUUUCUCUCUUCCUCCUGUGGGAUUUUACAACAGGAAGAAACAGGAAGCAGAGCCUCUUUGAUUUGAUUGGUUUCUUCUUUUAUGAAAGUCUUUUUACAAAAACGCUUACAUGGAGGAAAUAUAUAUAAAUAUAAAUAAAUAUCAUGAAAAUUAGACUGAAAUUAAAAUGGAAAGUCAACAUUGGAAGCAUUUUUAUUUUAUUUGGUUUUCAAGUUUUUUUUUUUAUUUGUUUGUUUAGUUUUUUUCUCCACUGAUUUCAGAAUCAGAACCUGUGAUAUUCACUGAUUUAUCCGACAAGGACUCCCUGAUCAGCAGCUGUUCGAAUGAACGUUCUGGAAAAGAAAGAGGAAGAGUAUGUUUGAGUUGAAGUUGAAAGUGAGCUGAGUUGUGCGCUGUUCCUUUAAAUCGCUUUGUGAAUGCCGUGGAGUGUUAGUGGCUCUGCUCUCACAAGCCAAUGAGACAAACACAGUUCUCAUGUAAAGGGUGGGGAUUGGCGUCCUCUCUGUGCUGAUGCAUACAAGCUUUUCAUUUCUUUUAAAAGACCAAGCUGAGCCUUCGUUUGGAUUUUGUUAAUGCCUGUUCUUUCUAAAUCACCUGGAGCAAGUUUUUUACUGAAGGAAGGAACUGUACUGUGUGACCCACUUAGACAAAGGGACUAGCCUAGAACUGUCACCGGGGGGCGCCACACACUUGUUCACUUCGCACUCUGUUGGUGAAAUUGGAGGGUGGGGGCACCAUAGAGAUUCCAAACUGCUAGAUUGCUACAGAGAGAGAGGAGUAGGACUCGCUAGGCUCAAACAGGAAGGACACAAUCAAACAAGUUUUACAAUUUAUUGUUUUUUGUGUUUUUUCAAACCCCACCUCCAAAAAAAAUGAAAUGUUUGGGUCUCCAGAGUGGCGCGUCCAGUAAAGAGUGCAGGCUGCACCCUCCAGCCUGGAGAUCACAGGUUCGAAUCCAGGCUAUGUCACUGCCAACCAUGACUAAGAGUUCCCAGGGGGUGGCGCGCAAUUGGCCCGGGUAGGGAGGGCUCAGGUGUGCAGGGGAAUCCAGAUCUGUCUUGUCCUCUGGCACUAUAGGUCUGAUGGCUUCACUGUGGACCUGCAGUUUGAUUAAAGACGGCUUGGCGGGGUGCAUUUCGUUUUCGCGUGUGGCGGGGGGGUUGGCCAGGGGUGGACCGGGAUCAAUACAUACAAUUGGAGACUCCAAAUUGAGGAAAAAAAUGGUGUUAAAAAGAAAUGUUUCCCCCCCGUUUAAUUCCUAUCCUCAUGAACUGAGCGCUGUCGCCUGGUUUUGUACAGACAUGGUUUAACAGAUGUCCUGGCAUUGAAUGUUUGUAUUGACCCGGUGACCCCAGCGUGACCCUGCGAGAGCUCCAUGGAACCUUUUGAUGUCACAGACGCUCCAGCUUUCCGUGUUAAAACAACAAGUGUUUCUUUUAAUUUUGUGAAGAGAAAACGUACAGGCAUCAGUAAAAGGAUAGAUUUAAAAGAAUAAGAAGUUGUCAAUAUGUAUAGAGUGUAAAAUAACGUUACCAUCGGGUGCUCUUCUAUCUGAAACAAUAUCAUGACACGGUUUAUUUUUUUUUUUUUUUUUUUUUUUUUUUAAGCAUCUGUUUCAUUUUUGUCAGAUUAAUGGGCAACUGAAAACAAAAAAUAAUAAAUAAAUAAAUAAAACAUUUUA